GUUUUCAUUUUUAUCUUCAAUUGCUCAGUGCUGUAGAUUGUAAAAUGUUUACUGCUUGCCUUGCUUACUGUAGUCGGAUGAUAUGAUACUGUACUGUAUAAUUCAAGUGCAUGAUGUUCCAUAUCUAAACAGCCAGAUCUUUGGUAUACAGUGGAUUACAGGAGGCGUAUAAUGUGAUUCAAUUUUUAAUAUGAAAGAUUUAUUGCCCUUUUCCUCCACGUGUAUCAUAGUAGAGAAACAAUUCUAUGUAUUUAAAGAUAAGUAUGUAUAGACAAAUUUUCAUUUGAUGAUAAGGAUAGAAGGAUCUUUGAUCAACAAGCAGGGAUCAGGAACAGUCAAAGUACAUCAGAGUAUGGACUGCUGUUUAGGGACCUUUGCUCAAUUUCAUUAUUUAUUUCUUAGCAUCCAUUUCGCAAUCAGAUUAGAAGGAUUGCACAUUUUGAAGCUCAUUCGUUCCCAAGCAUCAUAUUGAUGCCAUUGUCUUCACUAUUAAUGGAGACGUGUUAACUUGCAAAGGGAAAUAUUACUACAGUGCAUAAAUUUAACAUCAACAUGGUCAGUCCAAGUCAGCGAAAAACACUUCAGGAGUUGCUGUCAAGGAGCUAUCCACCAUUCAAUGCCGGACUAGAUAUGUUUGGUAAGGUCAAGAAAGACAAAAGCAGAGAUAUGAACAACUCAAAGUGGGAUGUAAAGUGGUCUCCGGCUGCCAAGAAUCUCUUUCUGACCUUCAGGGCAGUGCCUCCUGAUCUGACCUUAUUCCAAGUUGGUAAGUUGGAUGAGGAUGAUAUCAUCGAGCAGAAUACCGCAGAGAAUACAAGCGAGGCAAAAACACAGACAAUAUCUUUGAAUUUGAGUGCUUGGCCGAUUGGAGGCAUAGCGGACUUAAACAUUCCAAACAAAUCAGAGGUCAAGUGCUAUGCUUGGCAACCAAAAGCCAUCCCAGGAGUAAACCUGAUCGGUGUGGGCAUGUCAACCGGAAAGGUGCUUCUGACCUCAUUUGACCAGGAGUCAACACCAGAUUUCACAGGAUUAGUGGGACAUGAAUUCAAUCCUAAACAUGGCCGUCCUUGUCACUUACUAGAGUGGAACUCAUCUGAAACUAAUCUACUUCUUGCAGGGUAUGACAAGUACAGGGGAGACCCAGGUAUAGCUAUGUGGGAUGUCAGAUAUCAAGGCAGAGAAGCUGACAAGACUAAGAAGCUACCAGGGUUAGCAGAUGGUCAGGGUACAGUUAGUAAACCUUUGGCUGAGUUCGGUUCUCCUGGUGAGAUCAUCCACUCGAUGCAGUGGCUCAUCAGCGACCCCACUUGCUUUUUAGCUGGUAUUGGCAGUAAGCAUAUCCGUUUGUAUGACAUCAGAGACUCAUCACGGACUCGCAGUCAAGUAACAACUAAAUCGGUGCAAGGUAUCUCAGUGGAUCCUUGCUCGGACUACCGAUUUAGCUCAUUUGGUGAAACCCAGACCCACAUUUGGGACCUGCGCAAACUCGACAGAUUUAUACAUAAUAUAGUAGAGCCACGACCUGUCGUCAAAGUUACAUGGUGUCCCACCAGAUAUAAUCGCCUGGCGUGUCUUACUGAUAAGAGCUCCGUCAUAAAAGUAUAUUCGAUAGAGCACCUUGAUAAAGAGAUGGAACAUAAUGAAAUGAACUUACAGACUAACGGUGGCAAUCAGGUAGCGUCUUUUGCAUGGCAUCCAACACAUGAGAAUCGUAUUCUAAGCAUCACAACAAGCGGCUUGCUUAAGGAUACAGUGGUAGCAGACCUCAUGCCUAUGUCUUGGUCUCCUCAGUCCAGCCUGUUAGUUGGCAGUGGUCGCCAUCUACAAGUGAUGCCAGUCAGAUGCCAGAGUGAUAUUUCAACUAAAAUCAAAGAUAGAGCAUUAAAAGGUUACGGGCUUAAGAAAGAGCAAAUCUGGGAAAAUGGUGAGUUAGUAGACGAUGGAACACUGCGACAAUUCUGGCUUAUUUUGGACCACAUCAAAAGCUUACACAAAGAUAGGAACUUACAAAAGAUGCGAACUAAUCCUUUCUAUGGUGUGAAAGACCUGAUUGCAGGAGAGAUUCCGGGAACAGCGUUCUGUUUACGAAGUACAGAGCAAAACAUGCACUUGGAAGGUGCUAUAAAUUCACCUGAUAUCAUCCAUGUUUACACGAGUCAGGAGAGAACGAUAGCACUACGACUAUGUAAUUGGGAUUUCCAGAACCCAGCAGCAUUAGAUAUCUACAUCGCAAGAUUGGUGGAAAAUGGUGAAUUUGAAAGGGCAGCAGCAAUCCAGAUGUUUAACCUGAAUCUAAGAAAAGCAAUAGAAACAUUAAAUCUUGGUGCAUCAUCUACUAAGAAGAAGGAAGGCGACAUAAACUUAAGUGCAAUGGCCAUGGCAUUAUCAGGGUAUGACAGCACUAAGAAGACUCUUUGGCAGGAGAUGUGUAGUAGAUUAUGUAAACAGUUGAAAAAUGCCUACUUGAUGGCGAUGUUUACAUUCCUAACUUGUGAUGAUGGAAACUUCUCUGCUGUACUGGAUGAAUGCAUACAUAAGAUGAGUAUCCAGGAUAGAGUUGCAUUUGCUUGUAUAUUCCUGAAUGAUGUGCAGUUGUCCAAGUACAUUAAGCGUCUGAGUGAAGAAGCACAGGCUGAGGGCAAUCUUGAAGGCAUUCUGUUGACAGGACUAACAGAAGACGGAAUCAAGCUCAUCACUUCAUACAUUGACAAGACAGCUGAUGUACAGACUGCCAGUGUUGUUGCAGUGCUAGCCUUCCCUUGCCAUCUGUCCAAGGAUCCUGUUGUUCAAAACUGGAUUGAUUGUUACCGCAAUCUCCUGGACACAUGGAGAUUAUGGCAUGAAAGGGCAAAGUUUGAUGUAUUUAUGCAGCAAGAAAGUACUCGGGGCAAGGAGGAACUUCAGCAGAUAUUUGUUACGUGUCACUACUGUCAGAGUCCUUUGUCACCGUCCCCAUACAUCAACCAUGUGCAAGCUAGUAGGAAUGCAAGAAUGAUGGAAAGCAAUAGAGAUCCAGGGCGAAGGGCAAAGAAAAAUAUUUGCCACACAAAUAAAUGUCGCAAGCCAUUACCAAGAUGCUGUCUAUGUCUAAUGAACAUGGGCACUGAUUCUUUACAUAGUGAAAAAUUUGAGAAUACAAAGACUGAAGAGAAACAAACAGAUUUUAAGAACUGGAUGACGUGGUGUCAGUCAUGUCGUCAUGGAGGCCAUUCGCACCACAUGAAGGAAUGGUUUAGUGGCCAUGUUGAAUGCCCAGUGACAGCAUGCACAUGUCGAUGUAUGCUGAUGGACUCUGUAGGAAGUAUUUCAUCCCUGCUAGCACCAUCCUGGUGACGUUUCACACAUCUUGAGAGUUGCAGAUCAGAUGUUCAUAUACAAAGAUAUCAGGAAGAUUUCCAUGCAUUGUUCAGUAUGAAUGUGUGAUGGACUCAUAUUUGAAGACAUUAUUCUAUGCACUUUUUAAUAAGAAAAUCUACGCUGGGCAUCACUCUCCAUACGUACACUAUCUGUAGAUGUCAGCCAAACCUCCUUACUGGAAAUUAUGGCUUCUGGAUGUAAUAUACAUGGAUCAUUUAAAUACUGUAACAUUAUGUGAGAUGUGAGCCCUCUAGAGUUUGUGAAAUAAAUUGUUCUGGAAAUGAAGUCAUUGUGUUCUAUCUGGUCCUGGACUAUAGUAUCCCAUCCUCGUCGCCAAAAUUUGUAAUAUCUUUGGGUUCAAGAACGUAUCAAAACGUACACAAUUUCAUUUCCAGAACAAUUUAUUUCACAAACUCUAGAGGGCUCACGUCUCACAUAAUGUUACAGUAUUUAAAUGAUCCAUGUAUAUUACAUUGGACACAGAGAUCAUGGGUUGAAACCCUUUCUACUAUAAAGGCCAAUUUCUACUGGACCCAUCAGUGGCAUGUAGCUCCGGUAGAACCUAUGCUCUGUCACGUUGCAUCAAGUGGAGACGCUUCAUUGAUCAAAUUUGUUUUCUGUUAAUACAGUUGAAUUUGACUAUGUCGAAUUCAAAAUGGCAUUGAAAAAUUGUUCGAUUUGGAUAAAAUUUGACUUGCAGAUCGUUAAUUAUAGAAAAAUACAACAAUCUGGCAUGUACAUAACAUCAACUUAAAAAUUACACGAGUUAGGCAAGUUUAACUGUAUAUUAUUAUCUUUGUUGUGAUAAUAGAUUGCCAGGCUUGGUUGUGGUGAAAAUGCAUGAGGUAAUUUUGUACUGUAUUUGGUAGCAGUGCAGGUUUUUCAAUGGCAUGUGGUAAAGCUUCAUAAAUUUUAUAUACAGUUGAACUUGCCAAAGUCGAACAAAAAUCCAAAAUGGCAUUGAAAAAUUGUCUGACUUUGAUAAAAAUUUGACUUGCAGAUCAUUAAUUAAUGGAAAACUUAACAAUUUGGCAUGUAAAAUAAGAUCGAGUUUUAAAUUAGAUUUGUUUGAGUUGCCAGUUAAAAGUUUCUUGUGUCAUCUGAAACACUAGCCACUUAAAACACAUACUUAAUGCUCGUAGUUGUACCUUGUUAGUGUACCAGUCCACCUCACCCCUCAAGGUAAAACAAAUUUAUAACAAAAAGUCUUCCUGUUACAGUAAUAUUUAGUAUUUAUAUUUGCUAAUGUAAUGAAUAUUAUUUGAAAGGAUUGUAAUAAUUCGGUAGAAAGAAAAAAUAAACAUUUCUUUGAGGUA